GGAGGAAGCAGAGCAGGUCGACGUGCAACCUUCAGAAAUCUUGGGUGCAAUGAAGUCAAGUGCGGACAUUGUUGGCGCUUGUGAAGUUGCGUGCUUGAACCAGGCUAUCCCAGAAUCUGCAGAAGUUCUGCGGGCAGGGGCGACAGAGGUUGAUGAUGCCUUCAAAGGAAAUCCAAGUACCAGUGUUCGUCCUGAAGAGCGAAGCUUGGAAACGCCCGAAGCCGUUGUUUCCAGUUCCCAGAUCCACCUUCGGGCCAGAAGCCUGUCACGAACAAAUUCAGAAGUGACACAGGAUGACUGGUGUGUUGUUGAGGGUGAAACGCUUGAUUUUACAAAGCUUGGGGAUUACGUGGAGCGCUCAAACAAUGUCCUGAAGCAACACAAUCAGCAGAAAGUUUCGCUGUUUCUUGGAAGCACUGGAGCUGGCAAAACAACUCUACUCUACCACAUCGCUGGCAAACGGUUGGUGGUGAAGCCUGGCGAAAGAGUUUUUCAACCAGCCCCAGACCAGGACUUGACCGACUUGAAGGAUAUCCAGAUUGGUCAUGGAGACAAGUCCAGAACAAUGUGGCUUUCUCCGUGGACAAACUCUGACACUGAUGCCGUGUACAUGGAUUGUGCAGGUUACCUCGACACUCGUGGUGCAGAAAUCGACAUUGCCACAUCUCUGUCCAUUCGGAAACUUGCAGAGACUUGCAAAUCUCUCCGCUUCAUUGUCGUCGUUGGCUGUGACCUGCUGGUGAGCAGCGACAGAGGUGGCAGCUUCAGACAGCUUUGCACUGUAAUUUGUCAGUGUGUCAAGGAUUUCAAAAGGUAUUCUGGUGCUUUCUCAUUUGUCUUCAGUCAUGUGGACAUGUUGCGGUGCUGGGAACAGUGUCGAAGUGAUCCAGAUGUAGAGAACAACAUCAAGAGAUGCACCGCAGAGAUACUUGAGCGUUUGAAGGCGAUUCUCACUGGGACACUCAAAAUCCGAGCCAUGUUGGAGGUUCGCAACUUGCUUUCCUUGCUGAUCGCCGAAAUGAAGUGUCCUGAGAAGGCGAGAAAAGGGUCUUUCAUGAUUUUUCAUCCUACCUGGUGCACGGCAGAAGAGUGUCGAGAUUGCUUGGAGAAUUUCGACAAAAGAGACCGCUGCCUGACAAUGCCCAAAGAAGCCGUCCAAUGCGUUCUCACUCCAGAACAGGACAGUAAGCUGAGGCGCCAGUUGCAACAGGGCAAGUUGCGCCUUGAAAGCUUUAUCAAUGAAGGCGACUGGAAGAGCGUCGAGGAGUACUGGAAUGCUUUGCACAGCAUGACCAACCUGAUUGAGCUGCCAGAGCUUCAGUCCAGCUUGGAAGAAUCCCGUGUUCAGCUUGGAAAACAUGACCGUGAUCUCUCGCUGCAGGCAAGCGAGUUGGUGGACCUUGGGGCUGGCGAAACUCAUGGGACCUUCACAGCCAAGGACGCCCAGGCGGCUCUGAAGUGCUUCGAGACCUUGGGUUUCCUGGCCCGUCUUUUGCACAGCGACAGAAACGUCCAAGAGCAGUGGAAGAAGACGGUCAUUGACAAACUUCGCGUGCUGAAAGAACAGGUGUUGAUCCAGUGCACAGGCAACAUCCUCACAAAACCAGCUUUGCCAGUGGCUGACAUGCAGCUUCGGCUGUUGCGCCUGAAAGCUUGGAGUGAUGCAGAUAAAGUGACCUUUUCCUCCGAGUUUGAUGGAGCACGAACAGCAGUGAACGAGCUCUUUCAGCAGAUGGUUGCCCUGUCGAGCAAACAAUCGCCUUUUGGUCUUCAGGAUUUGCCCACCAAGUGCAAAACUGCACUUCACUUGAAGCACAUUGCUUUCGAGGUGAAUCCGUCACUUUGGGAUGGAGAAGUCAUUGACAUGAAGGGUGCAGCUGAGGAGGCUGCUCGACAGGCCCACCAACUGCUGGACAAAUCAAAGGCCGAAAGCAUAGAGUUGGUCACGAGUUUCUUGACAGGCAAAGAUCCAACAAAUGCUGCACUUCUAGAGAGCAUCAGAGUGGCGUUUGAGAGCUUCAUGUUUGCCCAAGCAGAGCUACAGGAUUGGCUCCAUCUGACACCAGAACUGUCAAAGUGUGUAUCAAUGGCCAUUAGUGAACUCAUCCAAGUGUCCAGGCCUGUGCAGUUGCAAGAUGAGGUGGAGAAGCUGGUGCGUGAGAAACAAUUCGACAGGCUUGAGGCCCCUCUGAAAUCUGAUGCAUUCUGCAGAGUUUUGCCCGUUGACGCCGCUGAGAAAUCCGGUGCAGCACAUGCCUCUGGUGAAUCCAUGCGACGCGUGUGUGUGACCGCUGAGCAUUUGGGCAAUGACCUGGAGGAGUUUUUCAAGGAUCUUUUGGCAAGCAAGGAAGUGUACCUGGAGAAAUCACUGGCUCUACUGGCUGCUUUCAAAGCUGCUUCAUGGCUGGACCAACUUCGUCAGGACAGACGUUCAAAUUUUGGCAAAUCUUAA